CAGCAUCGGCGAUAGGUUCUGGUCGUAAGAACAGUCUCCUAGCGACACCUCCUCCUUUACGGCAAAUGGAAUAUGGCGGAGAGUGAGGAAAACCUAGACGGACUAGAGCUCAGCAAGGAAUGGCAGGAGGCAGCAGACAGCAGAGCAGCACUGCUCUCCUACUUGAAGGAGCAGGUGCCUCAGAUCUUCUGCCUAAAAGACUCCAGCCCUCAGGAAGAGGAGGAGCUCAUGCAGAGCCGUCUCCUGCACCCUCUGGAGUGUUUCCUUUUUGGAGAGGAUCCUCAAGAGGGUUUGGAAAAGCUCAAGGAGGGGAGUACCUCGUCCCACCUCUGUGGACGUGUGUUUAAAGAGGGCGAAACGGUCUACUCCUGCAGGGAUUGUGCGAUAGAUCCCACUUGUGUCCUGUGCAUGGACUGCUUCCAGGAUAGUGUUCACAAAAGCCAUCGCUACAAGAUGCAUGCAUCAUCAGGCGGGGGGUUCUGUGAUUGUGGAGAUGUGGAAGCCUGGAAGAUUGGCCCUUAUUGCUCCAAACAUGACCCAGGGGCAGCCAAUGCCAUGGUAACGGAUGAUUGCGUGCUGGACCUGGAGUUAUACGGACGUGCCGAGAAGCUGUUCCGGAUAUUGCUGCACUAUGUCACAGAUUUUUUGGUGUGGGAGGAGAACUUUGAGCUGCCAGCUGAACUUCAGCCUCGGAUUAAAGACAAUACAUAUUACUGUGUUCUCUACAACGAUGAGCAUCACUCGUACGACCAUGUGAUCUACACCCUGCAGCGGUCGGUUAACUGUGAUCUAGCUGAAGCACAGACACACACAACGCUCAUUGAUAAAGAGGGUCGGCGGGCAGUAAAGAGAGGAAGCUUUACCUCCUGCCAGCAAGCGCAAGAACGUAUCAGGGCAAACUCAGUGCAAAUUUCCCAGCAGCCACUGCGUGUGGAGAUCCUUCACUCAGUAGUAAUGGCUCAUCAAACUUUUGCUCUGCACCUCGGCUCCUGGUUCCAGAAAAUAAUAAGUUACUCAGUGGGUUUCAGGCAAGCCUUCUGUCAGGUGGCGCUACAGCCAGACGUGGACAGAGAUCGACCUUGCCUCAUUAGCAGACUCAUGUUGCAUGAUGCCAGGAUGUUCAAAGGAGCUCGCAAGAUAGUGCACGAGCUGAUUUUCUGCAGCAUGCUAAUGGAUACCGAAUGCAAGAGGCUUUUUGCGAUUGAGUUUACAAAGCACUAUAAGCAGCUGCAGAAGGACUUCAUCAAUGAUGACCAUGAGAGGAAUAUAUCCAUCACAGCUCUGUCUGUUCAGAUCUUCACUGUUCCCACACUAGCCAGACAGCUGAUCGAAGAGUGCAAUGUGAUUAAGGUGAUAGUUGAUACCGUCAUGGAACUGCUUCGCGAACAUCUAGAUGAUAACAAUCGCUUCGUCUUCCUGGGCUACAACUCAGACAAGUUUUCACGCAUCCAAGUCAUCUUCCACGACCUCAGGUAUAUUCUGAUCAGUAAACCCUCAAUAUGGACCGAAGAGCUUCGGGGGCAGUUCUUGAAGGGGUUCAGAGUCUUUCUUGGUCUUCUUAAAUGCAUGCAGGGUAUGGAGGAGGUGAAGCGACAGCUUGGCCAACACAUUGCUGUGGAGCCAGAAUGGGAAGCUGGCUUUACUUUGCAGAUCCAGCUCCGCCAUAUUCUUGCUAUGUUUCAGGACUGGUGUUCCUCUGAUGAUGAGAUUUUGCUGCUUGCAUUUAAGGAGUGCCACACAGUUCUGAAGCAGUGCAAUAACCAGCCCUUCCACAGGGACGCCACUGAUUACUAUAUGUGCAAACACAUCCUCCAUGCCCGUCCAUAUAAAGUCUCACGGGAGCCUGUCAGCAUACAUCUGCCCAUCUCCAGACUAUUGGCUGGCUUGUAUGUACUCCUGUGUGGAACUGGCGCAAUUGAGCGCCUGGAAAAUCCUGCAACCUAUGAUUUCACAGAGCUGGCAGAGCAUCCUCUGCGCUGCUUUGUGCUGGCUGCACAGGUCUCGGCUGAAAUGUGGCGGAGAAAUGGGCUUUCGCUGGUGAGCCAGGUGUACUACUACCAGGAUGUAAAGUGCAGGGACGAGAUGUACGAUAAGGAUAUAGUCAUGCUUCAGAUAGCUGCUUCCAAAAUGGACCCCAACCACUUCCUCAUUCUGGUCUUGUUGAGAUUUGAGCUCUUUGAUUAUUUUAAUAGAAGUUGUUCAAGCAAAGACCAGGACGAGUUGACGCAGUGGAACCGUUUAACAGAAGAGAUGCUCUACCUGCUGAUCGCCAUCAUUGGUGAGCGCUAUGUCCCCGGGAUCAGUCAGUUGACCAAAGAGGAUGUGACAAUGAGGGAGGUUAUCCACCUGCUGUGCAUUGAGCCCAUGGCUCAUAGUAGCCUGGUCAAAGCCCUGCCAGAGAACGAAAGCCAUGAAACAGGCUUGGAGACCGUUAUCACCAAAGUUGCCACUUUUAAAAAACCAGGAGUGUCGGGACAUGGGUUAUACGAAGUGAAAAAAGAACAUCUAGUAGAGUUCAACCCAUUCUUCUACCAUUACUCAAGAUCCCAGCAUAGCAAGGCAGAAGAGUCUCAGAAGAAAAGGAGAGCUCAGGAGGGCAAUGAUAAAGCUCUUCGUCCGCCGGUGCCCCCAGCCUUUUGUUCAGAAUUUUCUUAUAUAGUGCAACUCCUCUGCUGUGACAUAAUGGUCCACAUCCUGAGAAACGUCCUGCAGAGAGCUGCAGAGGACCGUCCAACACACUGGACGGAAGCCAUGAUCCAGAGGGCACUGCACCUGAUUGGCCAGGCAUUGCUAGAAGAGAAAUCACAGCUUGAGGAUGUCACUGCGGAGGAAGUGACCUUUGAUUUCAGCCUAAAGGCUCGUUUAAUGGGUGCAGAACAUGGCAAGUCAGUGUUCCUCUUGUUGUCCAAGAUUAAGACUUUGCCUUCUCUGGAAGCGCAAAAAGACAUGAUUAAAUGGGUUCUACAGAUGUUUGAGGUUGUCAAGUGCCUUAGAGAGAACUCCAGUCCAACAGUGUCCAUGAGCAUGGAAACAGCCAAGCCAGAAGAGAGUGCUCAGGACAAAGAAAAAGCAGAGCGGAAAAGGAAGGCAGAGGCGGCUAAGCUCCACCGACAGAAGAUAAUGGCCCAGAUGUCAGCAAUGCAAAAGAACUUUAUUGAGUCAAAUAAGAUGCUGUAUGACAACAUGCCUGAAAGUGGAACACAGGGAGAAACUGUAGCGUCCACUGGGGAUUUGUUUUAUUUCUCCAGCUGUGCUACGGAGCAGAGGGAGCUAUGCGUAGCUGUUGGGCCUCACCGAGGGUCCACUCCGGCCGACAGGGAGGUACUGACCUGCAUUCUUUGCCAGGAGGAGCAGGAGGUGAUGGCUCAGGCUCCAGCCAUGGGACUCACUGCUUGUGUCCAGAGGUCCACAGUGCUGACACAGUGCAGAGGAAAGAUACCAAGCAGCAGAGCAGAUGGGCCGGGAACAUCAUAUCCCCUCUUUAUGUCUCCGGAUCUGGCUGUGGGGACCCACACUGGCAGCUGUGGACAUGUCAUGCAUGCCACGUGUUGGCAAAAAUACUAUGAGGCAGUCCAAAAUACAACCAGGAACCGGCUCCAUGCUGAAUUGAUCAUUGAUCUGGAGAAUGGAGAGUACUUGUGCCCCUUGUGCAAGUCUCUGUGCAAUACUGUGGUACCUCUGAUCCCAUUAGAACCCCUCACAUUUGACUAUGAAAACGCAGCGAUAAUUGGAGAGCAUUUGACGCUGCCUCGUUGGAUCCAGAUCCUCUCUGCUAGGAUUAAAGGACUCCAGUCAAUCGCUCAGGAUAAUGACCGUAACACAGAAGGCAGUAGUAGUAAUGGUAGCACUGGGCUGUGUGGCGAGGGCCAACCAGACUUUAGAUCUAUUCUGAGCUAUGGAGUGCAAGAAUCGAGAAAGUUUUCAGACAGCAUUACAGAGAUGCUGGUUGUGUGCGCCACCACAGUCCACAGGGUUGGACUGAAGACUGCGCCCAAUGAGCUGUGCCCCCGUGUUUCCAUUAUGGCCUGGAACACAUGUGCCUUCACUAUUCAGGCCAUAGAAAACAUACUGGAGCAGGAGGGCAAGCCGCUAUUUGGGUCCUUACAGAACAGACAGCUUGCAGGCAUGAAGGCCAUUGUUCAGUUUUCAGCAACGCAGGGACCUAAGAGCUCUCAGGCAGUCAUCCAAAGGCACUUCACUGAUAUGUUGGGAGUCUUGUUACCAGUCAUGAGCAGAAAGAACACACCUUCUCUUCUAGAGGUGGACUUGUUCCAUCUUCUGGUUGGAUUGGUGCUAUCGAUACCCUCACUUUAUCAAGAGGAGACUGUAGACUUACAGCCAUCUGCUGUCAGCGCUGCAUACAAUCACCUGCAUAUCUUGCAUCUGGUGACCAUGGCUCAUGUGCUGCAGAUCCUCUUGUCUUCUGCAGACGUCCCUGCAGCAGGGGAUGGACAGGAGACGAAGGAGGAGAGAGCAGCAGCAGAGUUGUACUCUGCAGUGUCACAACACACGGGAAGGCUCCUUCCAGAUGUUUCUGGCAGCUCUUUAGUAGAAAGAGUGAAGGCAGGAAUUGCACCAUUCUUGCGUUGUGCUGCUCUCUUUUUCAAUUGCCUUACAGGAGUACCUCCUCCAGAGGAGCUUUUUAGCAUUUCUGUUGAUUCUCAAGAACAGAUGGAGGCACUAUGCAGUUACCUGGCACUACCCUCCAAUGUGUUUCAGCUUUUCCACGAUCACAGAGAAACUGUUAGUCCACUGCUUCAGAGGUGGUGUGGGAGCCCAGUUGUAACCAAAGCCCUGAAAGGCAAAAUCCAGACAGUCAGAUACCCCAGGAAAAGGAAUCGAUUGAUUGAACUUCCUGAAGAUUACAGUACUCUCCUCAAUCAAGCCAGCCAUUUCAAGUGUCCAAAAUCCACCGAUGAUGAGAGGAAGCAUCCGACUUUAUGUCUCUUUUGUGGGGCUAUGCUGUGCUCUCAGAGCUCCUGUUGUCUCAGUCAGCUGGAAGGGGAGGACGUGGGGGCUUGCACUGCCCACGCUGCGACCUGUGGAGCAGGAGUGGGGAUGUUCCUCAGGAUAAGAGAGUGUGAAAUUGUGCUGAUGGCCAGUCGGACUCGAGGGAGCACGUAUCCCGCUCCAUACUUGGAUGAUUAUGGGGAGACUGAUCCCCAUCUUGGACGGGGUAAUCCGUUGCACCUUUGCCCAGAGCGUUACAGGAAGCUAAACCAGCUGUGGCAGCAGCACUGCAUCCUGGAAGAAAUCGCCCGCAGCCUGGAGGUGGUCAACGUUAUGUUUGCUUUUGAGUGGCAGAUGUUGUGAUGACUGCUCCAGCUGUGUGACUGGCCGAUACCGAGCACGGCCCCUGUGCUCCCAAGACACAUGCACGCACACGACACACACAAGCAAUCAACCCAAACCCUUCUGUAAUCAGAAAAGCCUGUUUCAUCAUAAAUGAGUCUCCUUUGGAAUCCAGAGAGAGUGGGGGGGGGCAGUCAAAAUGGAUAGAGGGUGAUUGUUGUUGAUUAAUCCCAAGUCGCCUUGUUUCAGUUUGAUUGUCUGCUGUAAGGAUGAGUUUCUCCCAGAGUAAUGUUAUUUGCAAAGAAGCUCAUUCAAAUAAAGAAGAGCAUCAGACACACACCAACACGUUUCUGUUAUCACUUCAUGUGUUUUUUUUCUUAAUGAUGCUGUGAAUUUUCUGCGUUCUCUCUCUUUGUGUUAGAACUUAUGAUUUGUGAUAAGUUAUAAUUGUUCAAAGAUGCGGUUUCCAAGUACAUUCAUGUGGAAAACUUUAGCCUUUUUCGGAGAUCCUAUCCAUUUUUGCCUUUGACCCUUUAUUAUGUAGAAUUCCUCAAAUAAUUAAACCUUAACCUACUGACACCUUUACUUAUAAAUAGACACAUGUAUAAUGGGCAAAACGUAUAUAGAAUAAACAUCAUUUUCAAGAUUGCUUCAAACAGAUUGAGUAUUCUCAGAAAAGUAUACGGGAAUCUGUCUCAGUGACUUCCUCAUAUCCUGUCCUCAGAUGCACCAGUUUUCUGAAUUUCAGCCAUUCUUAUAGUUACAUAACUCUCACAUCUGUGCUUACUUACCUUCAGAAUUGUGAAAUUAAUUAUAUAGAGGGAAUUCAAAUACAAUAUGAUAUUGCAAGAUCGCUUUUAGAAAAAAAGUUUUAUUAAGCUUUAUUAAGCUUGUAAUCAAAAAUAAUUGGAUGACCUGUUGUGCGACACAUUGUCAACCUUUAUCAUUUGAUGUUGACUCUACAUUAUCUGAGUUUUAGUUGUCAAUGAUCAAUUGCAGUGUUUUAUUUAAGAGGAAAAAAAUCUUUUUUUAAAUCCCAGUGUAUGGUUUCAGGUACUCCAUUAUAUUUCUGUCAUUUCACUUAGCAAAUGUGUGAAUAUAUAAUUUCUUCCUU